CUUCCAACCAUUCAAACAGAGCGUACCGAACGGCUCGGAACAAUUGUGCCGGUCAGUUCUCACACAAUAGCGCUCUAACGAAGUAAACGCCGGAGCAAAUUAAAUCGGUCACGGACGCCGACUGCGACACCGUCUUCAGCAUCUCAUCAGAGUCUCAAUGGGCAGCUUCCUGUUUAAUCAGUACCAGGUGGUGGGCCGAGCUAUUCCGGCCCCAAGCGAGGAACAUUCCAAGAAUCACCGCUUGAAGCUGUGGGCAACGGUUGAACUUAAAGCUAAGUCCAAGUUCUGGUGCUUCCCAAGGAAACUGAAGAAGGUUAAAAAAAGUAAUGAUCAAGUCCUCGCCAUUAACGAGGAUCCGGGGGAGUAUCAGAAUGCCUUGAAUUCGAUGGCAUAUUAUCUUGGGAGUAAUUUACAAUGCCGGAUGUGUGGUUUCAGAGGAAGAAGAAAACACUUUAAGCUGUUUAAGGUUCCUCACAAGGCCUCCCUGAUCCAAAGAUUGCAGACCCUUUUUAGUGCAUCACCAAAAAUUUUAUCAUCAUAUAUUUUAUCAUUUCAAAGGAAAGUUCAGAAAGUGACAUGUUGGCAAGAGAAGUUCAUAAUAAGCAUUGGUACUAUAUUUUCUUGUGUGGUUGUGAGCAUGAUGCUCAUUAUAUCAGCAUCUGCAACAGUCAGUAAAGACUCAACUUGGGCACUCACUGAAGACAAUCGCCUUUUCUUGGAGGCAUGGAGGACUGUUGACCGUGCCUAUUUUGACAAAACCUUUAAUGGGCAGAGUUGGUUUCGUUAUCGAGAAAAUGCACUGCGCAAUGAGCCGAUGAAUAAUCGGGAAGAAACUUACAUGGCAAUUAAGAAAAUGCUUUCUACCCUUGACGAUCCAUUCACUCGAUUUCUAGAACCAGAGAAAUUCAAGGUUCUGAGGUCUGGCACUCAAGGUGCACUGACAGGUGUAGGUUUAUCGAUUGGCUAUCCCACCGGGCUUGACCUAUCAUCUGCAGGACUAGUUGUGAUUUCAACAUCUCCAGGUGGUCCUGCAAACAAGAUUGGUAUUAAACCUGGAGAUGUUAUAUUGGCAAUUGAUGACAGAAGCACAGAAGACAUGGAUAUAUAUGAAGCGGCUGAACUUUUACAAGGUACUGAAGGAAGCACCGUUAAAUUGGAUAUCCACAGUGGCCCUGAAAUUAAGCAGAUGGCUUUGAGGAGAGAAAAAAUUACUCUGAACCCUGUGAAGUUAAGGCUUUGUGAGGUUCCUGGUCAAGGGAAUGACAACUCUAGGAUUGGUUACAUUAAGUUAACAUCAUUCAACCAGAAUACUUCAGGGGCUGUAAGGGAUGCUAUUGAGUCUUUAAGACGCAGCGGUGUAAAAUCCUUCGUGUUGGAUCUUCGGGAUAACAGUGGUGGUUUGUUUGCUGAAGGUAUUGAAACUGCUAAGAUUUGGUUGGAAAAAGGUGUAAUUGUUUAUAUUUGUGAUAGCCGAGGUGUCCGUGAUAUCUAUGAGGCAGAUGGAAGCAAUGCCAUUGCUGCAUCAGAGCCUUUGAUUGUGCUGGUGAAUAGAGGAACUGCUAGUGCCAGUGAGAUAUUAGCUGGGGCCCUUAAAGAUAAUAAACGAGCAGUCUUAUAUGGGGAGCCUACAUUUGGAAAAGGGAAAAUACAGUCAGUAUUUGAACUUUCUGAUGGCUCUGGCUUGGCUGUCACAGUAGCACGCUAUGAAACUCCUGGUCAUACUGACAUUGACAAGGUUGGAAUAAUCCCUGACCGCACUCUUCCUCCAUCAUUUCCGCUUGACGAGGAUUCAUUCUGUAGCUGUCUUAAAGAUCCAGCCUCAGCCUGCAACCUCGACACUGCUGCUCUUUUUUCUAGGUGACUGCUAUGGAACUUUAUUCAUCAUUGAUUUAUUGUACUUGCAGCUUAUUGUAUUUGAUCAGUUCCAUUUGUUCUUGUUUCCUUUGAUUAUGUAUCUGUGCCAGAAGGCUAACUUGUUAAUUGAAGUACAUGUAUUUAAUUGGAUA